GGCGCAGAUGGCUCCAAAAUUUAUUAUUAUCGUAGAUAAAAAGUUUGUUGUCGAUGAUAAUGAUGUUAGGUGCCGCGGUAUGAUUAAUUAAAGUCAAAGUGUUAUUUUUGGCAUUACGAUCGGUGUCAGAAGCUUCACGAGAAGUUGAAUGGCAUAAGACGUUCGCUUCUCAAUCUUAAGUGGCCUGAAUAACGGUGUUUAGUAGGUAUGGCAACGGGAUGUUUUCCGCUUCAUCCCCGCUGAUGCGCAUUACUUUUGCAAUGAGCGUUGAACCCGGUGUAAAAAAUAUCGAGAUAGUCAGCCACCAUGCCUGAGGCGCCGGAUCCUGACGAUGCGCCGGUCGCGUGGGCGCGCUGCAUUGUCCGUGACCUGACCGGGUCGUACGGAGGGCCGACGGGCAAGAUGACCAUUGACCUGGCCGGCUCGGCGAAGGUGGCCACGCUGGUGGAUGAGGUGGCUAAGCAGACCAACAUCGCGCCUGACAAGUUCGUCAUCUCCCUGCAGCACUGCGCGGGCGGCGAGGAGCUGAUUCUGAACGACUACCUGAACCGCUCACUGGUCGAGGUUGGCCUCGAGACGGGCGCUCAGUCGCGUAACAACCUCUUCAUCACGGAAGCCAAGCCGCGCCGAAAGCAGCGCUCGGGCGCGGGUCUGGAGAGUGGCGAUCACGCUGGCCGCACCUCGCCCGUGGCAGCCUCCUCGGGCGGAGCGGAGGGCGGCUCAGACUCGGCGCCGGCCUACACCUACGCCAGCGGACUGAUCAAGAGCAACGAGACAGGUCACGUGGGUUUGGUGAACCAGGCCAUGACGUGCUACCUGAACUCGCUGCUGCAAACGCUGUUCAUGACACCCGAGUUCAGGAACGCCAUGUACAGCUGGGAGUACGAGGGCACACGGGAGGACUCGGCCAAGUCGAUUCCCUAUCAGCUGCAGAAGCUGUUCGUCAACAUGCAGACCACGGAGCGUCUGGCGGUGGAGACCACCGAGCUGACCUACUCCUUCGGCUGGGACAGCAGCGAGGCCUGGCAGCAGCACGACAUUCAGGAGCUCUGCAGGGUCAUGUUCGACGCACUCGAGGUCACCUUCAAGGACACCGAGCAGCACGACCUCAUCUCGCGACUGUACGAAGGCAAGAUGAUCGACUACGUCAAGUGUCUGGAGUGUGGCACGGAAAAGGACCGGGAGGACACCUACCUGGACAUUCCGCUGCCGAUCCGGCUGUUCGGCGCCACCACGGCCUUCGGUAGUGUGGAGGAGGCACUACGCGGAUUUGUGAAACCCGAAACUCUCGAUGGAAACAACCAGUACCACUGCGACAAUUGUGGACGCAAGUGCGACGCUCACAAGGGACUCAAGUUCAAGACGUUUCCGUAUCUGCUGACGCUGCAUCUCAAACGGUUCGACUUUGACUACCAGACGUUGCACCGCAUCAAAUUGAACGACAGGGUAUCGUUCCCGGAGAUUCUGAACCUGAACGACUUUGUGUCGGACGUCGCCGGCUGCGCGCACCCAGCCACCGACGGCGGUGACGGCGCUAGGAGCGACGAUACGUCGACCACCGACAGUGGUACUGUGCUGGACGACGAGGCUGCCCACCCGGCCGCCGCCUCCGCCGCUGCGACGCAUAAUAUGACAGACGGCGACCCCGGACAGGAGGACGAGGGGAUCGACUGCUCCACAGACAGCGAGACCCGCGCCAACAACUGGCGUAACGCCGUGCGGGGUCCGUACGAGUACGAGCUCUUCUCCAUAAUGAUCCACGCCGGCAGCGCCUCAGGAGGCCACUACUACGCCUACAUCAAGGACUUUGCCAAACAGGAGUGGUUCUGCUUUAACGACCAGUCCGUCUCGCCGGUGACGCAGGACGACAUCCGUCGGACGUACGGCGGCGGCACUCGGACCAGCAGCUACUCCUCCAGCACCAACGCCUACAUGUUGAUGUACCGGCGCAUCGACAGGGAGCGCAACAAGCUGCCCCUCACCAAGGACCACUUCCCCGAGGGCAUUCAGAAACUGCUGGUGCGCAUGCGCGAGGGCGAGGACGAGGAGCGCGCCAACAAAGAGCGCGAGCGCAGCAUGUGCAAGCUGACGCUGUUCGGCGUGCACCCGGUGCUGAAGACCACCGUCAGCAACGCCUUCCACGUGCACAAGGACAUGUCGCUCGAGGAAGCCACCGAACUGGGAUGGAAGAUGCUGGAGUUUGACAAGCACGUGCCGCUCUCCCGCUGUCGUUUGGUGCGUUACGACGAGCUGAACGACGCCAUUGAGGAGAGCCUGGAGCAGCACGCCGGCCACACGAUGGAGGAGGUGCUGGGCGGCGUGCGUUCCACCUACAAACUGGACUUGAUGCUCGAGUGGAGAGCCGAGGACGCCCAGUUCGAGGUGUACUCGGCCGGCGAUACUACACUGCAGGUGCUGCGCGUGUCGGUGUCCGACGGCCGGGUGUCGGGCCCCACGCCGCUCCGGGUCUCGCUCUCCCAGUCGGUCACCGAGCUGCGGCAGGCGCUGGGUCUGUCCGACUCGGGCCGUCUCUGUCUGGCGCGGUACUGCGGCGAACUGAGACCGCUGCUGCAUCCCGAGAGGUCGCUGAAACUGGAGGGGUUCCACCGAAACAGCAGGGUAUUUGUUGCUGAGGACGACGCGGACGACCUGGAUCAGCCGUUCACGUCAUCUGGGUUUUUCCGCGUGUGUGACCGGCACGAGCACACCAUCAGUCUGCAAGUGAUCGUGCCAAACACCGAUCAGGAGACACUGGACCGUCUGGCGAUCCCGUCCCUGGACCAGAUGUCCAUCUCGGCCGCGCUGGCCGCCGCUGCCGCUCCCUCCGGCGGCGCCGCUCCCCCGGAGCAGGCCGACUCCCCUCCGGUCAGCCCAGAGCCGACCGGCGGGGACGAGCUGUUGGGCGGCGGCAGCUCCGACCAGAGCGCCUCAGAGGACAGCAGUGUCACGGACAGCGAGCGGACUCUGAUCGGUGGGGAACAGCCGACCGGCGCCGGCGGCGGCGGGUCACUACCGGCCACACCGAGCAACUCUCCGGCCGGAUCAGACUACCAGAGCAUGCUGUCGCCGCAGGAGGAGGGCUACAAGGGCGUGGAGGGCGGCGAUGACGACCCCAGUGACGCGCCGUACGCCGCCGCUGCCGACGAUGACGCCCCCGCCGCCGCCGCCGCCGCCGCCGUCGGCCAGCCGCCCAUCAGACGCUACUUCGUCGUCGAGAAGUCGGCACCGCAUGAGAACGGGCUCCUGUGGGACGUCCGCCUGGACAAUCGUAUCACGCUGGGCGGCUUCAAGAAGGAGAUCGAGACCCUCAUCAACGUGCACAGAGACUACUUCAAAAUACUCAAAAUAUACACCAGCAACCAGGAGUUUGAGUGCACGCGUCUGGACGAUCAGCUGAUGACGCACGGCGACAAUGUGACGUUUGUGGCGCGGCUGUCGCGCCGGCUGAGGGACGGGGAAGUCCGCGGAAAGGUCUACAAACUGGAACCCAACGCCACGGAGCCCAGUAAGUUCCUGUUCGAGUGGAUUCUGCGGAAGGGAAUGACCAUCGCGCAGGCCAAACGGGAAAUUCUCGCCGAACAAAAGUCACGACUCGGCGUCGAUAUUCCCAUGAACAGGUGUCGGUUAAGGAAGAAGAGUUGGAAGAAUCCGGGCAAGAUCUACUUGGACACAUACAAGUUCAACGAUCAAGUGCCCCUCUAUCCCAACUGGGAAAUCUUCCUCCAGGAGCUACCCUCGGCCGAGGAGGUGGAGGGUGACGGUCAGCUGUCACUCUUCUGCCGCCGCUUCCACCCGGGCACCUACACGCUGGACGACCUGCACGAGGUGACGCUGCCGACGUCCACGCCGGAGGCGCUGCUGGCCGCGCUCAGUCGCCACUCCGGGGUGCCGGCCGACAACAUUCGGCUGGCCAAGCCGCCCGGCAGCUUCCCCAACGACUUCAACGCGCUGCUGGCGCCCACGGAGCUCGACUGGCUGGCUAACGUCACCGCGCUGGACACAUGGCCGCUCAAUAUCCUCGAGGACGGUCACGUGCUCUACUACAAGGACGACGCUGAGCCACUGGCCGAGCUCAGCGACCAGCAGCGACGGGAGAUCAGCACGCGCGAGACGGCCCGUCUCCAGGCGCGCUCUGCUCUCAGUUCCUCCAUCAGCUCCACCUCAUCGUCGGCGACGGCGCCGCGACGCGAGCGCGGCCUCAAGAUCCACGUAGACAUCCAGCCGGCGGCCGGGGACUAGGCGGUCCGGCCGUGCCGGGGACGAGCCGGCCGCGGUGGCGCCGUGUCUGCCGACGCCGCCGGUCCCUCUGCCUUAGUGUGGGUACAAACACCGUGCGCGCACGCUGCCGAGGCUGUGAGAGCGCCGCCGCGCCCGGCGCCAGACGACGCACCGGUGUGUGCGCCGGCGUCGGAUCAACAAAUCAGGAUACCGGGCGGCGGUGAGCGGCUGCGGGCGCAGCGGAAUCGGACGGUGAAGAUAACAGUGUGAUUAGUGCUCAUAACGCUCGGUGACGCCGCUCCGAACAGUCGGCGAUAUUUGUGACAGAGACUGCGGGCAAUCACCGGCGCCCAGUGCCGCGGCUCCGCGCUGUGAGUCGCAGCUGUGAGACCCGCGCCGCGGCUGUGUUGAUAAACCCUAACGGACGGCUGUCCACUGCGGCGGUCCGUUGUCAAUGUGGGGCCGCCGGUGCUCGUUCAAUGUCUGCAAUACCACGUCAGUGGUCUCUGGGUCCGACAGACGUCUCUGCGACCCGAGCUCUCUAUAUCAAGUUAUUUAAAUGUUAGGGUAAUUAUGUGGUCCACGUUGGUUCUGAUUCUGCGCGUUCCUUUCGUUGCAUUCGGCGCCUGUGCGUUUAGUUUUAUACAAGAUGCUAACCCGCGGCCCAAAGGCUUGCCGGCAGCAUUUUUUAUUCGGCGACGUUUGCUCUUGGCCUAACGAUUGCAUUUCUUGUCUAGGUUGCUCGCUUGAUCACAAGCCGAGUGCUCGCCGUUGUAACGCCAAAGAAAGGAAGCGUUAACAUGCCCUGCGUUCGACUUCUGUUAAUAUAUCGGUUGACUGAUCGA